AUGUUUAGGUCAAAAUAUGUUGGUUCAUAUGGAUCCUUUUCUCGCGAAUGGGAACCUCCACCACAACCUCCGCCACGACCUCCACCGUUGCCACCGCGUAUACCACAAGAAUAUGACCCAUAUAUUGGUCCAGGAAAAUGGAAUAGAGGUCGUAUUAAAUCGUUUAGUGUGACCGAACACUUUGGCAGUAUUGUAGCAGAUUUUCGUAAUUUGGAAGUUUUUUUCCACCAAUCUAACGUAUACGGAAUUUCUGCGGAGCAGUUAUAUCCAGACUUACCAGUUUGGUUUCAAAUACGUCCAGGUGUAAGAGGAUUAGAAGGAUAUAAUAUUCAACCAGCAAUUGAAAUGAGAGAAUUUCCUUCAACAUCACGAAUUCCAUGGUCAGAACCAGCAGUUCGUCAACCCUUAUUUCCUCUUAGUUCAGAGCCACUUAGAAUGAGAAGGUUACCUGAAAGACGUAGAACAAGACGAUUUCGCUGUUAUAAUUGUGGACAAUACGCUUCACAUAAAGCUGCCACAUGUCCGUUCGAACCUAUGCGACGACGUUGUUAUCGAUGUCGUGAUCCAAAUCAUUUAAUAGCUCAAUGUCCAUUAUUACAUUCACUUACACCGCAUUGUUAUUUAGUACCUGGACCGUCAACUUCGCAGGUACCCCCACGAUUUUCAGAAGCACGUUUACGCGUACCACAACUGACCUUAACGACAGCACAACAACAGUUACCCCAACAAACCCAACAGCCAUUUAUGCAAUAUUUUUUCCCACCAGGGUUUGGUGAUGAUGAUGACGAUGAACAUGAUGACUUUAGGGAGUAA